GCGCCAUCUUGGAAGCCACUGUGAUAAAGUCUCGACUGUAUUUCAUCGAAUUGUAUACCGAAUUUAAUCUUUAAAAUGCCAGGCGAAGCCCACAAAAUACCCCAGCCCCGACAACACAGAGCAAAGGUGUGCAUUUGGGAUGAUUUAACAGUACAUCAGAUGGACGUAAUAUCAAAGACAGAUUCCAAUGAGGAUAUUAAAGGCAUUCUCUGUGAGAUAUUUGGGCUAGACGAUUACUCCCAGAAUCCUCGGUCAGCCAUCUUGGUUGAUCUGUAUUUCUUUACUAUCCAGUACGCCAGGGAGAACGGUUUUAGUAAGGAACAAACUGCUGCUUUUUUCUCGAUUGUCAGAAAGACUCAUGAAAUGAUGAUUGAAUCUCCUUUUGGUAAUGUAGAAUUGUGUUAUGGUUAUUUUAAGGAGCUAGUUUUAUGUCAUGCAGUCAAGAGACCACCUUGGAGUGUUGACCUCUUCAUGCCUGACCAAGUAAAGCUAAUCACAGAGUACGUCGUCAAUACAUACUUCAAACAUCACAAACUGUACAAGUACGUCUUCACUCCUCUAGUUCGGCUUGACCUCGCUAUAACCUAUGAGGGAGUACCAGAGACUCCCCCACCUUCAGAAGCUGAAGAUGAGACAAAAGAAGAAACAGAGGCAGAAGAUGUGAUAGAUGGAGAUACAACCAAAGAUGAAGAUGAAUUAAAGACACCAGAACCAGAAUUAGAGAAAGAAGAGUCUCCGAAAAUGAAAGAACUAAGGAAAAUUAUUCAACAACAUUUAUCCGAGGAAGUAGAAAAACUUCGGAUAUCUGUGGACAACCAAAUACAAAAAAGUGAAGAAACGAUACAGACAAAAUUAACAUCGGUUGAUGGGUCAGGUCAGGCAAAAAGAGCAUCAAGCAGAACAAAGAAAGGAAAAUAAAAAAAAAGUCUAUGACUGUUCUUGGUUUUUACCAAUGUAUUUUUUUUUUCUCAACAAAAAUGUAUGUAAAUUGAUGUAGAUACAGAUGUCAUUGUAAAUAAAUAGAGAGAAUUCUGUA